GACCACACAGUUCAAAAAAGGAAGUACACCCUGCAGGGCUAACUUGCACAGUCACUGACCAAGUUACAGCAUCUUCAGAGUCACUGUGCCAGGCACACCAACUUUUCCCAAUAAAAAUGGCUGGAAGAGCAGAUGUGAAGUCUCUCAUGGCGAAGUUUAACACAGGGGGCAACCCCACAGAGGAGGUCUCAGUCAACAGUCGACCCUUCAAAGUCACAGGGCAAAACUCACCUUCAGGAAUACAAGCAAAAAUGAAUUUAUUCAACAACCAAGGCAACGCCAGCCCUCCUGCAGGACCCAGCAACGUGCCUAAAUUUGGGUCCCCAAAGCCACCUUUGGGAGUGAAACCUUCGUCUGAGGAAAAGCCUGACAAGGAGCCCAAACCCCCAUUUCCAAAGCCUACUCCUGGAGUCAACCAAAGAUUUGGGACGCUGGCAAACUCGUCGAACAGAGACCCUGAGGCGAAAGUGGGAGUUCUGAAACCUGUAGGCCCCAAGCCUAUCAACUUGCCCAAAGAAGAUUCUAAACCUGUGUUUCCCCGGCCUCCUGGGAAUAAGCCAACGCUUCAUAGCGUAAACCAAGACAAUGACUUAAAGCCACCAGGCCCAAAGCCCAGGUCUAAUCCUCCAGCCCAGGAAAAUGAACAGAAGCAAGUUUUCCCAAAGUUAGCUGGGGUUAAAGGCAAGUUUAUAUCUGCCUCUCAAGAUCAUGACCCCAAACCCCUCUUCCCCAAACCUGCCUUUGGCCAGAAGCCGUCCCUGAGUACUGAUGCCUCCCAUGAAGAUGAGAGCCUCACUAAGAAUGUGUCUCCACAGAAAGGACCCCCAGCUCCCCUAGGAGCCAAAUCUAAACCUGGCCCUUUAAAACCAGCAAGGGAAGACCCAGAGAAUAAAGACCAAGGAGGUAAUACAUCAAGUUCACCUUUCCCUGGAGUGGUUCUGAAACCAGCAGCAAGUAGAGGGUCUCCCAGCCUCUCCAAAAAUGCUGAAGGAAAAAAAGAAGAGAGGAAAAUAGAUGCUGCCAAGAACAUCUUCCUGAGCAAAAUGAAUCAGGAGGAGUCGGCCUCCGGGGCUCCACCUGCGAAGUUCCCUAAGGCAUCUUCUAAGCUGACAGUGGGAGGGCCAUGGGCCCAAAGUCAAGAGAAGGAAAAGGGAGACAAGAAUCCAGCCAUCCCCAAGCAGAAGCCAUUGCCUCCCUUAUUUACCUUGGGCCCCCCUCCACCAAAACCCAGCAGACCACCAAAUGUUGACCUGACGAAAUACCGAAAAACCGCUUCUGGAAAUGGUACCAGCAAAAGCCAAGCAUCUUACUCAACAACUUCCCUACCACCACCUCCACCAUCCCAUCCAGCCAGCCAACCACCAUUGCCAGCAUCUCAUCCAACACAAUCAGCACCCCCAAGCCUACCUCCCAGAAACAUUAAACCUACCAUUGAUCUAAAAGGCCCUGUAAGUGAAGAAAAUCAAGAUGGUGGCAUGCACUCUGAUGGUACUGGAAAUCAAGAUGAGGAACAGGAGAGUGAAGGAGAAACCUAUGAAGACAUAGAAGCAUCCAAGGAACGAGAGAAGAAAAGAGAAAAGGAGGAAAAGAAGCGAUUAGAGUUAGAGAAAAAGGAACAGAAAGAGAAAGAAAAGAAAGAACAAGAAAUAAAGAAGAAAUUUAAAUUAACAGGUCCGAUUCAAGUCAUCCAUCAAGCAAAGGCUUGCUGCGAUGUCAAAGGAGGAAAGAAUGAACUGAGCUUCAAGCAAGGAGAGCAAAUUGAAAUAAUUCGUAUCACAGACAAUCCUGAAGGAAAAUGGUUGGGCAGAACAGCACGAGGAUCAUAUGGCUAUAUUAAAACAACUGCUGUGGAGAUUGACUGUGAUUCCUUGAAACAGAAAAAAACCUCCCUCGUUGCUCUGUCAUCAAGACCUGUUGAUGAUGACCAACAAGUGUAUGAUGAUGUUGCAGAGCAGGAUAAUAUUAGCAGCCAUAGUCAGAGUGGAAGUGGAGGGAUGUUCCCACCUCCACCAGAUGAUGAUAUUUAUGAUGGAGUUGAAGAGGAAGAAGCAGAUGAUGGUUCCACACUACAGGUUGAAGAGAAGAGUAACUCGUGGUCCUGGGGGAUUUUGAAGAUGUUAAAGGGAAAAGAUGACAAAAAGAAAAGUAUACGAGAGAAAUCAAAAGUCUCUGAUUCAGACAAUAAUGAAGGUUCAUCUUUUCCUGCUCCGCCUAAACAAUUAGACAUAGGAGAGGAAGUUUAUGAUGAUGUGGAUGCCUCUGAUUUCCCUCCUCCACCAACAGACAGCAGUCAAGGAAUCAAUAUUGGGAAGUCAAAGACAGAAGAAAAAGACCUCAAGAAGCUGAAAAAGCAAGAAAAAGAAGAAAAAGACUUCAGGAAAAAAUUUAAAUAUGAAGGUGAAAUUAAAGUACUAUAUUCAACCACAACUGUGCCCUCCUUCACUUCUAAAAAGUGGGGGAACAGAGAUCUACAGGUGAAGCCUGGCGAGUCUCUUGAAGUUAUACAAAAUACAGAUGAUACAAAAGUUCUCUGCAGGAAUGAAGAAGGAAAAUAUGGUUAUGUCCUUCGGUGUUAUUUGGUGGACGUUGACGGCGAGAUCUAUGAUGAUAUUGCUGAUGAUUGCAUCUAUGACAAUGACUAGCAUUCUUAUCUGAUGAUUCUACUAUGUUCAUUAUAUGCCAAAAUGAAGUCUGGGUUUUAACUGGCAUAUUAUUGGGUAUCAUAGAAAAUGAAUGCCCAAAUCUACUUAUUACCAUUUGUUAUUAAAUUCUGACUAUAAAGUUUUGAAAUUUUGGACUUAGAAAGUGAUCUCUUCUGCUUAAUAAACAUCUCAGAAGACUGCAUUAAUGAAAUAUAAGAAUUAUUAAAUAUCCCAUUUCUGCCUUGGCUACAGUCAUGAAGGCACUUCUUUUGGAUCAUCAGUUGAUAAUUACCCAACCUUCUUCAAACAGAAACGAAAUCAUUUGAGAAGCAAUGAUUGUCCUGUCCAAAGAAAUAUAUGGAAGAAAAAGAAAGAAAUAUAAGGAAGGAAAUUUUAAAAUAUUCCCCAAGAAGGAAAGCUACUGUUUACACCUCUAAUUAUGGUAGUAUCCUAUAUUCUCUACUAUACAAAUUAUCAACCUUUAAAAAGAUAGAGCUGUCUUCUCUCCUGCCUGUGGGUUUUUUUAAAUUAUAGUAGUAGCAGACCUUUUGUAUGAAGUUUGUCCCUAUUUGUCAAUUUUGAAUAUAUGUUAACUAUUUGAUAAGAAUGUUAUACAUUAAGUAGGUACAUCUAAGAUAAAACUGUAGAAUAGUCUAAGUUUUGUUUUAGCAGAUUCAUAUGCGAACAGUUUAAUUCUGUACUCUGUUUAAAGUACUGUUGUAACUAGAGUAGAUAUGAAUGAGGGCUACCCUAAAAUUAUGAAAAAUGGAAGAAUGGACCUUGAAAUUAACUAGCCUUUUAUGGUACAUCAUUACUAUGAAGACUCUUAAAGGUUUGCUUUUUUUUUUUUUUCCAAAUUACCUCUACGGAAGUUUUGUUUUGUUUUGUUUUUUAACCAUUUGACUGGAAAGUUGGCCAGCAUAAAGAGUACAAGUUAAUAUAUCUCAAUGUUCUGGACUAUGGAUGUUCCCUAUUGAGGUAUACUCAUUCCCAAAGUAACUCAAAAACAAAACGUGAAAAAUUUGGGUUUUAAAUACUAAGAACACUAAAUGCCAUGAUAUGAAAUGCAAAACCCUAACACCCAAGAAAAUAGUGUAUUAGGUAAUUUUUUCUUACAACUUCCAAAAUAUAAAAUGAGCAAAUCCUACUGCUGGCUCCACUACUGAUGAAUUAUGUUGUGAUAUUGGGUAAAUUAUUGAUCCUCUCAGUUUCUUCAUCUUUAAAUUACAUGAUUAGUCUUAACUUUUUC